AAAUAAAUUUUAAGCAUACAAAUCAAAAGUUGCCAAAAGUUUUCUAAAUAAAAUUAAAAUCAAACAGAAGCAUAAAAGCAGACCAUGCGUCUGGCAAAACUUGCCUCACAAAAAACUAAAAAAAAUAAUCAACAGAAAUAUGAAUUGCAACAGCAACAAAAUAAUGAAUGGGGUAGUGCUAAAGGUCAAACAGGAGGAGGAUUUGGCAAGCGUUUCAGCGGCACCCUCAGCAUUCUCAGCAGCGGUAAUAAUAGUGGCAGUGUGCGCAGUAGUGUGGCAGGGGUCAACAGCGCCCAGCGCAAUAGUUUCGGUAACGGCAGCUGCAUCUCCUCGUCUGCCUCUACCAACAAUACAUGUACGAACAAAACACGUAAAUCGAAAAAGUCAAAGUGUUUUAGUAGCACAGUGUUUCGCUGUUGCCUUCCUUGUCGCGGGGGCAGCGGCUCUGCAGCCCCCGCCACAAGUCCACCCCAUACGCCCGUACCAUCGAACAAUUCGACCACCACCAAGGCCGACAGUACAGUAAAACGCAAGCGUUCGGGUAAGUCAGCCAUUGAAUUGACAACGGACGGUAACGAAUCAUUAAUAGCGGCGGUAAAAAAGCACUCAUUGGCCGACACCAUCGGUACCUCGGCUACCACGCCCAUUUCACUAAAGACCCUCAUCAACGACGAGGAAGAGGACUUGCAACAACACAUUAGUGCCGCCGAUAUAGCGGCUGCCAAAUUAGCUUCGGGUAUUUUGCCGCGCAAGGCGGAACCAGAAACUCUUAGUGACACUAGUAUUUCGCCCACAACAGCUGUCUUGCAACUGGCUGCUGGUUCAGCUUCAGCCAGUUCUUUACUCUCGACCACAACCUCGUUGCUGUCCACCACAGCAGCAAAUACACAAGUUACUUUUGUGGGCAAUAAAACUACAACAACUCAAAUAUCACCUAUAACACCACCGAAUACAAACACACAUUUUGUAUAUCAAUCACCCCUACAGGAGCAGAACAAUAUAAUUGCCACUACUACUAUUUCAACAACAACAACACCACAACCACCUCUCUCACCGCUGCCAGCAUUAACAACCGCAGCUGCAUCGGCUUCAUCGGGGGUAACAGCGGCCACAGUAACUGCUAAUACUACAUCAACAACAACUACCUCGUCUUCAACGGCAUCGUCGACACCAUCGCGCUGUUGUUGUCCACCGCCACAGACUUCACCGUUGCCACACAUCAAGGAAGAAGAAGAGUCUGAACAGUUAUUACAACGCCAACACAGCGCCAAUCAAGACGAAGAUACUUUAACUGAACCCACCUCGGAAAGACACAAUACCCAUCAACACCAACAACAGCAACAACAACAAUCACAACUCGAUCAGCUCUCCCCCUAUACGGCCAAUCCCAGCGGCAGCAGUGACAGUUGCACUUCCCUGUCCGCCACUGCUGUAACCACAGCUACAACAUCUUCCAUAACCGGUGGUGGUUGUACACCACAGGAAUUUACCAACACCUCCACCCCAUCGCCUCGUAUCAAACACAAGUUUCGCAAACAGCACAAGUCCGGCUGGUCGCGUAUUAUACUCGCUCCGAACAGCAGCCUAGUACCAGUGGGCGGCGGCGGCAGUUGUGGUGUUGCCAACUCUAGUGAAACCCUAGCUUCGUCCUCGAAUAAUAGCAGCAGUGCUGCUACGGUCAGUGCUGCUAUAGCGGCCGCUCAAACACGCUUGGCAUCGUCGUCGGCAACAGCUCUCGCUAGCCAGCAAUCGUCCAGUUCCCAGUUAUUGCCAGCCAGCAAAAUGCAAGCCGAACAGGGUUCGAUUGGUGAUUUGCAGAAGUAUCACAGUCGAUACUUGAAGAAUCGAAGGCAUACGUUGGCGAAUGUUCGCUUCGAUGUAGAAAAUGGCCAAAGUGCUCGAUCACCGCUUGAAGGCGGCUCUCCCAGCGCCGGUUUGGUUUUACAGAAUCUACCCCAACGUCGUGAAUCAUUUUUAUAUCGUUCCGAUUCUGAUUUUGAAAUGUCACCUAAGUCAAUGUCCCGCAAUUCUAGCAUUGCUAGUGAAAGGUUUAAAGAACAGGACGCCUCCAUCCUGAUUGACAGAUCCCAUGGCGAGGAUCUCAUUGUGACACCAUUUGCCCAAAUUUUAGCCAGUUUACGUUCUGUACGCAAUAAUUUAUUAAGUCUGACAAAUGUUCCAGCAUCCAACAAAUCUAGGCGACCAACACAAACUUCAAUGGGACGUUCCUCAACGGCGGGCAUACAAUUGAAUCAGGGCGAUGAGGCAUACACUAGAUUGGCCACCGAUACAAUAGAAGAAUUAGACUGGUGUUUAGAUCAACUGGAAACAAUACAAACACAUCGCAGUGUAUCCGAUAUGGCUUCACUAAAGUUCAAACGCAUGCUUAAUAAGGAAUUAUCACACUUCAGUGAAUCGAGUAGAUCGGGAAAUCAAAUUUCAGAAUACAUUUGUUCAACAUUUUUGGACAAACAACAAGAAUUCGACUUGCCGUCGAUGCGUUUUGAAGAGAAUACAGAUGUACCGGUACCACAAUUAACACAACAUCAGCAGCAACUACAACAACGCAGUCGUUCACCAAGAGGCCCACCCAUGUCCCAAAUAUCUGGUGUUAAACGUCCAUUAUCCCAUACAAACUCAUUUACAGGCGAACGUUUACCCACUUAUGGUGUGGAGACAACACAGGAGCCCGCAUUGGGUCAACAUUUGGCCGAAUUGGAUACCUGGGGCAUUGAUAUAUUUAAAAUAGGCGAUUUAAGCACAAAUCGUCCACUCACCUGUGUAGCAUACACAAUAUUUCAGAGUAGAGAUUUAUUGACCAGUCUUAUGAUACCACCGAAAAAUUUUCUUAAUUUUAUGACUACUCUGGAGGACCAUUAUGUUAAAGACAAUCCGUUUCACAAUUCACUGCAUGCGGCUGAUGUAACACAAAGUACUAAUGUUUUAUUAAAUACUCCAGCACUUGAGGGAGUUUUUACGCCCCUAGAAGUGGGCGGUGCUCUAUUUGCAGCCUGUAUUCACGAUGUUGAUCAUCCUGGUCUAACUAAUCAAUUUUUAGUUAAUUCAAGUUCCGAAUUAGCCUUAAUGUAUAAUGACGAAUCUGUUUUGGAAAAUCAUCAUUUAGCUGUUGCCUUUAAAUUAUUGCAAAAUCAAGGAUGUGAUAUAUUCUGUAAUAUGCAAAAGAAACAACGCCAAACAUUAAGAAAAAUGGUUAUUGAUAUUGUACUAUCAACUGACAUGUCCAAACAUAUGAGCCUUUUGGCCGAUUUAAAAACUAUGGUAGAAACGAAAAAGGUAGCAGGAUCUGGUGUACUACUGCUGGACAAUUACACAGAUCGUAUACAGGUACUUGAAAAUCUUGUCCAUUGUGCCGAUUUAAGUAAUCCCACUAAACCAUUGCCGCUAUAUAAACGCUGGGUUAGCUUGCUAAUGGAGGAGUUCUUUUUGCAAGGCGACAAAGAACGUGAAUCGGGCAUGGAUAUCAGUCCAAUGUGUGAUCGUCAUAAUGCUACGAUUGAAAAGUCGCAGGUCGGCUUUAUUGAUUAUAUUGUACAUCCACUCUGGGAAACUUGGGCCGAUUUGGUGCAUCCAGAUGCUCAAGACAUAUUAGAUACGCUUGAAGAGAAUAGAGACUAUUAUCAGAGUAUGAUACCACCAUCACCACCACCAUCACAGGCCGACGAACAGCCAGCUAACGAGGAUAAAAUAAGGUUUCAGGUAACCCUUGAAGAGUCCGAUCAAGAAAAUUUAGCUGAAUUGGAAGAAGCUGAUGAAACAGCGGCCGAACGAGGUGAUGAUGAUGUCGCCAACAACUCCUUGACCACAACGGGUGAAAAUAAACCGUCGGGGAGUCAAAAUCAAUCUCAUCACGCUGGAAUGUGACGGAGAGUCGUGGGACUAUGCCGAAAAAUAACUGAAAAGGCGCAAAAUUUUUUGCUAAUACGUUAGUGACUUUAACAAAAAAAAACAAAACAAAAAAACUUUAAAAAGCUUAAAAAAAUAACAAAUUUACUAGAAAAUUAUUCAAAAAAAAAAUCCUCCAAAAAAAUAUAAAUAGAAUUUAAAAACAAAAAACAUAAAACUAAACUAUAUAAAAAAAAACAAAACAUACAACACACAACAAUACAAACAAACUCUUUACAAAUUUCAACAACAUUUUUAAGACAAUGCUAAAAUAGCAACAAACAAACAAAAUAGCUAAGAUUUUUUUAAUUUUUUUUUAAUUUUAUUUCUCAACAAAAAACAAAUAGAUUUUCCAUUUAAGUUUAAUAUGAAAAAUUGCAAAAAAAAUAAAAGAAAUACAUUUUUAUGACACCGACAAGUUGACAAAACAAACAAAACAUAAAUAAUAAUUAUUAAAAACAAACAAAAAAAUAACUUAAAAAAAUAUUAAAACUUAAAAAAUAAUAAUUGUUUAGGGAAAUAUCAAACAAAUAUAAUUAAUUGCAAAAACAAAUAUUUACUACAUCAAAAUAUGAAAAAAAGAAACUAAAACAAAA